GCUGGCGCUAAUCCCCGGCCUGACCAACCCCACACUUUCACAAUAGGUAACCUCACCUCCCUAACGUCGACCAUCAAAAUUGCAGUUUCGGCGCAUUGCGGAGAUAAUAGGAUCUUGGAGAGAUGUAUUUAUGAAACCUUUUCUUGAGAAGCGCUUUAUUCUCUCCUACAGAGAUAUGAACUCACGGUAGACAUGCCCGUGCCAAAGCAGACUACCGAACUUAUCUUCUCCCUCCGCGCUCUCAUCUACCGAAUCCGCCAGCUGAAAAAGGAACGCCACGGCUACUCCAAAGCCAAGCACCGUGAGCUCGCGAAGCUGCUCAAGGAAGGCCGUGACGAUCUCGCGCGCAUAAAAACCGAAGAUGUCAUUGGAAAUGAUAAUGUGAUUGCUGCGCUGGAGAUUUUGGAGUUAUACUGUGAGCAGCUUCAUGUGCGUGCGAAUAUAGUGGACCAUAUCGCGCUAGGACAGAAGCGGGCUGGGCCAAAGAAGAAUCAACAGGGUGCGCAUGCGAAAGGCGCGACUCAUUCUAAGCCUUCCGCUGGCGGAGGUGGAUGGGGAAUAUGGAAGGCUUUGGGAUUCGGGCCCUCGCAACCUCCACAAUCACCACCGUCGACAACACAACGACCGGAUGACCUCGAACAGCGGGCUGGACGUGGCGAAACGUCUACAGCUCAGAAUGAAACGGCGACAACGACGGAGGCACAAGCUAAGGAUGAACAACAGCAGCGGCAAGAAUUUCCAUCUACCCCCCCGACAGAAAAAGACGUUUAUCUCGACCCAGACCUAGAUAAGGCCGCUGCAGUCAUAUUCUACUGCUACAUGCGCUUGCCGCGUGAUAUACCAGGCCUACCAGAGCUGCGCGCAAAACUUAUACAGAGAUGGGGCAGUGACUUUGCGAAUAAAGCCCAGGGAGCUGACCCCUCCAUCCCGCUCCCGGACGAAUUGAUUGAUCGGUUGAGAAUUCAAAAUCCGCCUGAAUUGCUGGUGGAGAAUUAUUUGAAGGAGAUUGCGAAGGCACAUGGGAUCUCGUGGCAUCAGGAAGAUGAUGAGGAGGCAGAUGGUGGAGCUAAAGGGGAAGAGGAGGGGGUGGGGAAGGGGGAGACGGUUAAAGGGGAAGGCGAACAACAAGACGAUCCGCCUGCUUAUGAAAAUGAUGUGUCACAGACGAAACAUGUUGACGGUAGUAGAGCUGAUGGUUUGAAUGGGAGUAAAAAGGAUUCCACUCCACAGGAUGCACAUAUGCCUGGACCUGCACAAUCAGGUCCACGGGAAAAGUCAUCAUCUGGAAGUACUGUGAUUCCUAAUCACAAAUCUAAUGAGUCGGCUACGAACGGCACAUCCUCAUCUAAGUCUCAGGCGCCGACACAUGCCCCUGCUGCUACUGCUGCGGUAGAGAGCAAAAAAAGCGGCAUUCCCGACGUCGAUGAGUUAGCUAGGAGAUUUGCUGCGUUGAAGAAGUGAGAGGGUCAGUACUGUCAAACUGUCAAACAAUGAACCUGUGCAUGUUAAAUCUGAACAGGAUGAUAGUGACAUUUGCUCAACUCUCUUUUGAAUAUCACAUUUGUUACUGAUUGAGUUUGUCUUGCAAGCAAGCUUGUGCAUUAUUAUUCUUUUUUGGACAUGUUAGGUUCCUAUAUCUAUCCUGCUCAGUUGUUCUUCGGGAGGACUAUUAUAUAUAUAUUCCAACUCAGUAUUUAAUCAAGAACAUUUUGUACGUUGCUAGAGUUGGAUAACCUGUAUUCCCAGUUAAACGAAGAGAGGAGCCAUGUUUCUGCUGCAUUUCGUAUAAAGCAGUCUUAUUUUGAUCACUAUUAAGAUCACGCUUACAACAAGAAGAAUAAAAAUUGAAACUUGAUUCCGUAUAUAUACAUCUAUCUACAUAGGUAGCAAGCUACUGGAAGAUUUGGAUGUUUCUCCUCCGGAUUAGUGCCAGCGAGUGUAUCCUCACGUC